CUCUCUCCUUGCUCUUCUUCCUAAAAUUGAAAACGCAAUCAGUAAAGUAAUAGCCCAAAGGGCAAAAACCCUAGCAAUCGCCUUCUCCUCUCCCUUUCUCGGUCUCUACCUCUCUCGCCGCUGCCUCGCCUCCGUUCCCCCUUUGCCUUCGUAGCCUCGCGUCCGGCCCUCCAUCGCGGCAUUGCGGUUCUCCAUCUCGGCGUUGCAGUCGGCGUUGCAGACGGACACCCCUCUGAACGUGUCCGUGCUUCCAUGCUUACAUCUCGGGCGUUCGCCAAAGUCAAGUCAACAAGAGGGAGAGACCACCGGGGUUCAAAAAGCUACGCGUAAUGGUUACGCCAUUUUAGAGUUGACGAAGACUCGAAUUGGUUUGCUUUUCUUAUGUGAAAAACAGUGGGGAAAGUUCUAGGAAGAGAGGUCCGAAGCGUAAUAUAAACGAACUUCAGCGGUGGUAAAGUGAACGAGCCUUUCUUGUUCAGGUGCUACGAGAGAGGAAACCCUCAGAAGAAAAAUACUUGUGAGAAUGGACAUGGGAAACGGCUCGGAGGCAGGAACGAGCGGUGGUGAGCCGUCGGCGAUUGACUAUGACGUCUUCUUGAGUUUCAGGGGACCGGACACUCGCCAAGCCUUCACGGAUUGUCUUUAUCACCGAAUGCUAGAAGCAAACAUCCGUGUUUUCCUCGAUGAGGAAGAGCUCCACGUCGGUGAAGAAAUAGCUGAUGAGCUACCGGCCACCAUCCAAAAGUCGAAGAUCUACAUACCUAUUUUCUCUAAAGGUUAUGCUUCGAGCGCGUGGUGCCUUCGCGAGCUCGCACACAUGGUGGAUUGCAAGAAAUCCAAACCGUCCGAGAAGGAGAUUAUGCCGAUUUUCUAUGACGUUAAGCCUUGCGAUGUUAAGCUUAAGUCUCAACGGUACGUCAGCGCUUUGGAGGAGCAUGAAGAGAAGUUCGGUCGCAAGACGAGGCAAAAGUGGGAGGAUGCCCUCAAAAGUGUAGCCCAAAUCAAAGGAUGGGAGUUGAAAAAGCAAGGGCAUUGGAAAUUCAUUCAAUCGGUGCUACAAGAGAUUGUGAUGAAGCUGAAGACAAAAGACAAAUACGUUACCGAGCAUUUAGUUGGAAUGGACGAUCCAGUGGAGGCCGUUCUGAAGUUGUUGGACAUGGACUCCGGGGGCUUGCGCUUUGUGCUAAUCCAUGGAAUGGGUGGAAUCGGUAAAACAACUCUUGCUAAGAUAAUAUUCAACAAACUAAAUUCCCUUUUCAAUCAGUGCUGCUUCCUAGGAAAUGUCCGAGAAUCAUCGACCAGCUUUGGCAUCAUAAAUUUGCAAGAAAAUUAUUGUCUAGCACAUUGGGUUCGGGCUUUCAAGAUAAAUUCAACGAUGUUGACGAUGGGAUCAAAGAGAUUUUGCAACGACUUUCUAACAAGAAAGUCUUGCUUGAUGUGGAUGAUGAGGAGCAACUCCAGAAACUAGCCAUCAACCACAUUACGUUCGGCUUAGGAAGCAGAGUUAUUAUGACAAGUAGGAACAAAAGCAUCAUAAAAUCCAACAAAAUUUUGGAGUACGAAGUGAAGCCGUUGGAUGAUGUUCGAUCACUAGAGCUUUUCAGUCGACAUGCUUUUAGAAGGAAU